CUGAUUUUUUUUUUUCUGAUUUUCGCAUCGUUUUCUAGCCGGAAAAGCAACCAUGACGAACGACGAUGUGUGGCUACCACCGAGCGUGUCGCCGCUGGAGAGCGUGCUGGACCGCGAGCUGCGUGAGCGCAUCCUCGUGCUUGACGGCGCAAUGGGCACCAUGAUCCAGCGCCACAGACUGUCCGAGGAGGACUUCCGCGACCACCCCGAGCUCAAGGACCACCACAAGCCGCUCAAAGGGAACAAUGACAUUCUCGUGCUCACCCGGCCAGAAAUCAUCUACGACAUCCACCGCAAGUACCUCGAGGCAGGCGCGGAUUUCAUCGAGACAAACACGUUCAGCGCGACAGUCAUCGCGCAGGAGGACUAUGGUCUCCAGUCGUGGGCCUACAAGAUCAAUGUCGAGGCGGCAAAGCUCGCCAAGCGCGCUUGCGUCGAUGUGAUGGCUGCAGAAGGGCCGUCGGGCCAUCCGCGAUUCGUGUGUGGUGCCAUCGGCCCGACCAACCGCACGUGCUCGAUUGCGUCGGUCGACAAGCCCGAAGAGCGCAGCACCAACUUUGACACGCUCGUCCCGGCGUACAAGGAGCAGGCCCAGGGUCUGUUGGACGGCGGUGCUGACGUGCUGCUCAUCGAAACCAUCUUUGAUACGCUCAACUGCAAGGCCGCGCUCUUUGCGAUUGAGACGCUGUUCGACGAGAUUGGCCGCCGCGUCCCCAUUUUCAUCAGCGGCACCAUUGUCGACCGAAGCGGUCGCACGCUUUCCGGCCAGACUGGCGAGGCUUUUGUCGUCAGUAUUACCCAUGGUGAGGCAAUUUGUGUCGGUCUCAACUGCGCGCUCGGUGCUUCUGAGAUGCGCCCGUUCGUGGAAUCCCUCGCGAAAGCCACUCCAGCCUACACGAUUUGCUACCCGAAUGCCGGUCUCCCCAACACGUUCGGCGGUUACGACGAGACGCCCGAGAUGAUGGCCGAGAAACUGCAAGAGUUUGCCAAGUCUGGUCUCGUCAACCUGGUCGGUGGAUGCUGCGGCACGACUCCCGACCACAUUCGCGCGAUUGCGAACGCAGUUCGUGGUAUUGCUCCUCGCGUGCCAAACAAGACCCAGUGGAACGACACGCUGUUGUUGAGUGGUUUGGAGCCCACCCGAAUCAACAAGCUCACCAACUUUGUAAACAUUGGAGAGCGCUGCAACGUUGCUGGUUCUCGUCGUUUCGCCAAACUGAUUGCAAACGGCAACUAUGAGGAAGCAUUGGCGAUUGCCAAGUCGCAGGUUGAGAUGGGCGCACAAGUGCUCGAUAUCAACAUGGACGAGGGCAUGCUCGACUCCAAGUUUGCCAUCACCAAGUUUGUCAACUUUAUUGCCUCCGAGCCCGAAAUUGCGCGAGUGCCGCUUUGCGUCGAUUCGUCCAACUUUGCCGUGGUGGAGGCUGGUCUCAAGUGCGCGCAGGGCAAGUGCAUUGUCAACAGUAUCUCGCUCAAGGAAGGCGAGGCUGAAUUCAUUCGCAAGGCUCGCAUUGUCAAGCGAUUCGGUGCUGCCUGUGUUGUGAUGGCAUUCGACGAAACUGGCCAAGCGGCUGAGGCGGAUCGCAAGCUCGAAAUUUGCGCGCGCUCGUAUGACCUGCUUGUCGGUCCCAAGGUUCGAUUCAACCCCAACGACAUUAUCUUCGACCCCAACAUUCUCACCAUUGCAACCGGCAUAGAGGAGCACAACAACUAUGGUGUCGAGUUUAUCGAAGCCACUCGCCGCAUCAAGCAGCGCUGCCCGGGCGCCCGCAUCAGCGGCGGUGUGUCCAACCUUUCCUUCUCCUUCCGAGGGCAGGACGUCAUUCGCGAGUCCAUGCACUCGGUCUUCCUGUUCCACGCCAUCCGUGCGGGCAUGGACAUGGGCAUUGUCAAUGCUGGCAUGCUCCCGCUGUACGACGACAUUCCCAAAGACCUGCUCGAGUUGUGCGAGGCUGCUGUGCUCAACACCGACCCCAACUGCACGGAAAAGCUGCUUGCGUACGCGCAGGCCAAGGGCAAAGAUGCUGGCAAAAAGGCGGUCGAGGACGAGGCUUGGCGCUUGUUGGAUGUCGAGUCGCGUCUCGAACACUCAUUGGUCAAAGGCAUUGACAAGCAUGUCGCGCUGGAUGUCGAGGAGGCUCGUCUCAACACGGAAAAGUACCAGCGACCGCUGCAUAUCAUUGAAGGCCCGCUGAUGCGUGGUAUGAGUGUGGUUGGUGACCUUUUCGGUGCGGGCAAAAUGUUCUUGCCUCAAGUCAUCAAGUCGGCGCGUGUCAUGAAGAAGGCUGUCGCCCACCUCAUCCCAUUCAUGGAGGCCGAGCGCCUGCAGGCCAUCAAGGACAAUCCCAGCAUGACAGAGGCUACCCGCUUUAGUGGGACGAUCGUGCUAGCAACCGUCAAGGGCGAUGUUCACGACAUUGGCAAGAACAUUGUCAACGUUGUGCUCGGCUGCAACAACUACCGUGUGAUUGAUCUCGGCGUUAUGACGCCUUGCGACAAGAUUUUGGAGACUGCUAUUGCCGAGAAUGCGGACGUCAUUGGUCUGUCGGGUCUGAUCACGCCGUCUUUGGAUGAGAUGAUUCACGUCGCCAAGGAAAUGGAGCGACGCGGCAUGAAGCUGCCUCUGCUGAUUGGUGGCGCUACUACAUCGCGCACGCACACGGCCGUCAAAAUUUCGCCUCGCUACUCGCGUCCCGCCAUUCACGUGCUCGAUGCUUCCAAGUCGGUCGUCGUCGUCUCGGCUCUGCUUGACCAGCGUUCAAGCCAAGAUUACAUCAACGACAUUUCUGAUGAGUAUGAUGAGAUUCGUCACGAGCACUACCAGACAUUGAAGGAUCGCCAGUACCUGUCUCUUGAAAAGGCCCGCGCGCGUCACGGCGGCCUGCACGACUGGUCCAAAGCGACCAUCACCGUCCCCAAGCUCAUGGGCACGACUGUCUUCCGUGAGGUUGACCUCAAUCGCGUGGUCAAGUAUAUUGAUUGGAAGCCCUUCUUUGAGGUGUGGCAACUCCGUGGCAAGUACCCCAACCGUGGCUAUCCCAAAAUUUUCAACGAUGCGACCGUUGGCGCUGAGGCGCGCAAGACCUUCAACGACGCCCAGACCAUGUUGUCAAACAUCAUUCGCAACAAGACCAUGCAUUGCGUUGGUAUCAUUGGCAUGUAUCGUGCCAACUCUGUGGGCGAUGACAUUGAGGUGCUUUCUCAGGACGGCGCAACCAAGCUUGCCACUUUCCACGGCCUGCGUCAGCAAGCAGAGAAGGAGGCGGAAGACGAAGAGCCGUACUACUGCCUUUCCGAUUUUAUCGCCCCAAAGGCGUCAGGCGUGGACGACUACCUUGGCGCGUUUGCGGUCGCUACUUUCGGAGCGGACGAAAUGUGCCAGCAGUUGGCGGCCCAGCACGACGACUAUGGCGUCAUCAUGGUGAAGGCGAUUGCCGAUCGCUUGGCCGAGGCGUACGCGGAAAUGCUGCAUGAGGACGUUCGUCGUGACCAUUGGGGCUAUUCCAAGGAGGAAAAGCUCACCACCGAUGACUUGCUGAGCAUUCAGUACCAGGGUAUUCGCCCAGCUCCUGGCUACCCCAGCCAGCCUGACCACACUGAAAAGCGCAUCAUGUGGGACUUGCUCAAGGUGGAGGAGCAGUCCGGCAUCGGGCUGACGGAAUCGCUGGCCAUGACACCUGCGGCCGCUGUUUCCGGCCUGUACUUUGCCAAUGCCCACUCCAAGUACUUUGCGGUGGGCAAGAUCACCAAAGAUCAAGUGCAAGAGUAUGCAACUCGCUCUGGCCAGCCGCUUGAGACCGUUGAGCGCUGGCUUAUGCCGAUUUUGUCUUACGAUGCAGACUAAGCAUUACAUUUAUCGAAUUGUGUUUUUCGUUUGUUGUGGUCGGUUUGCAUGCACCAAUCCUACUGGUAUCGUUUCUUCGUGGAGGUCAAUGAAAGAGUUCAAAAAUUUCC